UUGAUUUAACGGAAGUGUAGGGAAAUUAUUUGUUUACUAACCCCACUAGACAGUUUUCAUUAAUUCAAUACCCUGCCGUCUUUAUUUUAAUGACAUUUAUCGUUAAAUAAUAAAAUCCACAUUUAUUUUUAGCAUAUUUGGGUAAAUUUUUUGGAACUGUUAUUAUUGUGCUAUUAGAUAACGGUGACAAUACGCAACAUUAUUCUACACUUGGCAUCGUGUUAGUUAGUGUAUAGUGUCUAGUGAUUGUUUUUAUAACUAAAUGGAAGAAAUAAUUUUAAAUUCUGUUGUCAUUGAAAAUAAUGAAUUUUCCGAAGAAUUUUCACACGAAUCAGCUCUACUAGAUGUACUAGGAGAGUUAAAAGGUGAUUGCUUCUUCAAUAUAUUUAUCGAACAUGGAAUAACAUGUGAAAGCCUUAAAUAUAUUAAUGAAAAACACUUACAAGACAUUUGUCCAAAAGCCUGUUAUGGUCAACGAAUAAUAUUUGAUCACCAUUUAAAAAAGUGGCAGUCAAACUUUGUUAGUGAGAAAUCUAGUACCACUAGUGCUAGUAAAGAUAAUGCAUCAGAACCUUUAUCUGAUCCAGAAAUGUCUGAAUACUCUAUUACAAGUUCAAAUAAUAGUUGUCCCAUUUCUUUUAUGAACCAAAUAAAUAUAAAAGAAAUAUUAAAUUCAUCUGGUAAAGGAAAUUUGAUAAUGUCAUUUUAUAAAAAAAAUUUAAAGCUUAGUGAUGAAUUAAAGAAAAUGUUGACUGAAAUAAUUACUGAAUAUAUGAUACAGCAUAAAAUAUAUGGUUCUCCUAAAAUCAUUAAUAAUAUUUCUGAUAGUAUCAUUAAUAUAUUUAAAUAUGAAGUUAAGGAAACAUACUUCAUUAGUGUGUCUGCAUAAAAACCAAAGGGAAUAUUGUACCUAAAAUAUCAUAAUACAUUGACAAAAUUAUGCAAACACAAAUUGUGGUCUCCCAUAAAAAAAGUAAAAAAAAGUUCUGAUAGUAACUUAGAGCAAACAUCUAUACUACAUAGGACAACUAUAAAUAAUGAAUGAUUCAUUAAAGUAAAAAAAAUGGCUUCAGUUUAACAUUGAGCCUAUGAAUGAAGUAAUUAUAAAAUGAGAAGAGACUUGUGAAAUUCGUAGAGAAUAUUUGUUG